UUUCGCCAGCUGCCCCCGCUGUAAAGCAUUUGAGUGCAAGUGGCGUGGAAAGGAGGAACGGAGCAAAGGCGGGGGCGGACAUCCACACCUCACCCGGAGCGUGAACAUGAGAGUCCAGCUCCUCUGCCGCCAGGACUGCUGCUUCUGCUCUGCGAACGCACAGGCAGCGGCCAGGGAAGUGCUGUGAGCCGCACGGACACCCCCCUUCCACCGCGCUCCAGCUCCCUCUCCUCAGUGCUGAAGAAUGCGAGCCGUCCCUGAGGCACACAGCGCCUGACCCCUGCCAGGAGAGGAGCGGGAGCCUCCACUACCCCCAGAGGCUGGGGUACGUGUGCGCAGCUCUGUUCUGGAAAGGGAAAGGUGCACAAGAAGAAGAAGAAAAAGAAGAAGAAGAAGAUCCGAAAUGGCCACAGGAUCGAUCACCUCUCUCCCCGCUGCACCUGAAGACGGAGGCAGCGGCACUUUCCCUCCGGGCAACUUUAAGGAGCCCAAGAGACUGUACUGUAAAAAUGGGGGCUACUUCCUGAGGAUAACCUCAGACGGUCGUGUGGAUGGAAUCCGGGAGAAGAACGACCCCCACAUCAGACUGCAGCUGCAGGCAACCUCAGUUGGGGAAGUAGUUAUUAAAGGACUCUCUGCCAACCGUUAUCUGGCCAUGAACAAAGAUGGGAGACUGUUUGGAACGAGACGUCCGACAGAUGAAUGCUACUUCUUUGAAAGGCUGGAGUCCAAUAACUAUAACACCUACCGAUCUCGAAAAUACCCUGACUGGUAUGUGGCACUGAAAAGGAAUGGACAGAUCAAGUCAGGAUCCAAGACUGGACUGGGGCAGAAAGCUAUCCUCUUCCUCCCAAUGUCCGCCAAGAGCUGAUCUCAAUCUGUCGCUCUACAGGCACAAAACACAGGGGUAUUGUGGAGAUGUGAAAACACAACACACGCUAGACCUGUCCUUCCUAGCUCACUAACAGCCACUGCGCCUGCACUCAUUAGACUGCUGUCUUUCAAAUGCCUCAAGAAACGCCCCCCCCCCCAAAGGUAUGU